CCUCACCUGUCCUCCUUCCCCCCAAUGUUGGUGGUUUUAGUGGCAGUGGGCUAUGGCCGAGGGCUAGGCUGACCCUCUACCAGUUGUCCACCAACUUUUCAUUUCACAAAUUCUUCACAGUUGAACUACUUGUGUUAGCUUUUCUUACGGAAAGUUCAAGAGCUACCCUGUACACGACUGCUGGGAUUUCUUUUUUCUUUUUUUCUGGAAGAAAGAACCUCGUUUUACGAAGAAGAAAAGGUCUUUACAAUAAAACAAGAUUUUCGCGCUUGAAUUAUGAAAAUUACGAAAACGCCGCCGAAAAACCAGUACUCUCAACCACCUCCUAGAAUCCAAGAGCUUAUAAAGUUUGUUUCUGAUGAGAAAUCGUGCGAUGAAGAACAUUUAAUAGAUAGUCUUACAAGAUUCCGCGAGGAAAGCUGGCCCUACCCUCGUGGUGACUUGUACUCAUGGAUCCCUGUGUUGAAUCGGUUCGACAAAGUCUUAGAGUGUCUUACGAACGAAUACAAGCUGGAAGAAGUGCAGGCCACUCCAUUUUCCCCUGCAGCAGCAGAAUUGCUCCUGAGCAUCCUACGGUUCUCGAGCUUUUUAUUGAGCCAUUGUGCUAAUCGUGCCCUCUAUAGUUCGAGCACGCAUCUGGAUAAGCUUUUGAAUAGCACGAACCUGGAUGUUCUCGAAGCCACACUUGAGCUGCUCCUUCACAUUGUACAAAAGGCAGCUACGUUCAGAAAAGCCAAGCAGCUGUACUCUAUAUCUCAAGAACGUUUGCUUCGUUUCCUCAGUCUACUUCCGCAGGAGCCUACAAAAACUGGCACCGCACAGAAUUACAUGACUCUUCUUUUUGACGAAAAGGUCCCCUCCACUUGGUCUAGUUUGUACUUUACUUACUACGCGAGCACUUCUUCGCCCACAAAGGAGAAGAAGGGGAAGGAUGGAAUGGUGGGUUUUCGCAUUGACUCUUCGCGAGUGCUCUCCGAACCCACAGAGAGCUUGAUUCAUGGAAUUGUUGCCGAAAAGCAUUUGCCAAAGCCCUGCAUGAACGAGCUUCUUGUUUCUAUUAUCUCGAGGAAGGCUUUCCCCAAGCUUGAAACACGUCGACAGAUGGUUCGGACUGGCUUACUUGCUCUCGCCAAUGCCGUGUAUGCACAUUAUCAGGUCGUACAGUCUCGGUUCCUUCUCUUUGACCCUGAGAUCAUGAAUCACCUUGCUUCAUUGAUUCCUCAGAGUGUCAAUUUGUCACAGGACAUCAAAGGUGUUUGUUUUGAGUGUUUGAAGGCUUUUCUAUUUAAAAAAAAUAUGGUUCCCAGUGUUCUCGCCGCUUUAAAUGUUUCUGUGAGUUAUGGUUUGUUAAUGAAUCUUGUCAGAGACUUUACCACAACUAUCCAAACUCAGGAUUCCAACUAUUCUCGAGAGUUCGUGGAUAGUUUUUACGAUUUUCUUCAGUUUCUUUGUACGUCUUCGCUAGGCGGGAAUAUGGCUUGUUCCGCUGGAUUGGCGUCUUUGCUGGGCGCACACUUAGACGUAACGACUCCCCAUGUUUCCUACGUCGUAGCCAGAUCCAUCAACCUUUUGGACCACCUCAUUGACAGCUAUACCAUGGCGCUCCCAGAUUUCUCAGAGUCGAAAGGUUUGGAAAUGCUGGUUAAACGCUUGGAUGUUGAGCUGAAAACCUGCAUCGAUCUAGUCGAGAAAGGAAUGGGAAACACUCAAGUCUGUCAAACUAUGGAUUAUGCUAUCCCUUACGAUCGUUAUUUUCUUUUAAAAAAUAUGCUAAAGUUCAUUCUCCAUUUAAUCCAAUCGGGCGGCUCCGUGGUCGAACUGAGAAAUCUUAUUGACUCGUCUUUAAUCACUUCUCUUACUUACCUGUUUCAGCACGCAGAAUCGUUUGGUUCGACUCUGUUUGCAUCUGCUACGAAUAUCAUGUCUACGUUUAUUCACAAUGAGCCAACUUGUUACGGAAUUAUUCAAGAAAACGGUUUGUCAGGCGCCUUUUUAGAUGCUACCAACCGGCGGAUAUUCACUUCACCGGAAGCGAUUACCUCUAUUCCACUUGCCUUUGGAGCAAUUUGCUUGAAUACUGAAGGUAUGAAUCUUUUCUUGGAAAAGAACCCACUUCCGAAAUUCUUCAGCAUUUUCACGUCGUUGCCCCAUUGCAAGUCACUUGUUUCUAGCGAUAGUACUGUUAUGCUGGGAAAUUAUAUCGAUGAACUGAUGCGUCAUCAACCUUCCUUGAAAGAACCUAUCAUUAACUUUACGGGCGUAUGUAUCAAUGACUUGAAAAAGUUUCUUGAUGCAUAUUCACCCUUUGACUACAUUGGCAAUAACGAACCUCCACACUUCAUACAUAUAGAAACGUUUAUGUCGUUUUUGGAGAAUGUUGUAGCGAAUGAAAAACAUGGAAAGAUCUUCAUGGAGAAAAAAAUUCUAAAUGAACUUUUAGACUUGGUCUCACAUCCUUCCUUGGCUUUUGGCUUCUUUGAAUCACCCAUAUUCAAUGCCUGCUAUGCUCUCUUGCAUCAUCUUAAAGUUAUGGAUGCCAUUGGAACUUUCCGGCCAAUUUUAGAAAUCAUUUCAAAAAGCAUUGAUGAGCUUUCCUUGAUUUUGGACUCUAAAUUUCUUGCAGAAAUGAAUGAGGCCUUACUGAGUCACUCACCCAUGAGUGAAUCAGUACUGCAAGCUACUAUUAAACUUGCUAUCUUAAACAAUAUGACAGCUUUAUUCUCUGAACUUCUUUCUUCAAGUUCUGCGCCGCACAAGUCUGGCGCGCUCUCUACGAUUCAAUUAUUUACGAGCCCUUCUAAGUUUGCUGGUCUUUUGUGGUCAUUGGGAAGUAUGAAAAAAUUAGCUACACUGGGAGAUGUGUUGUUAUGUUCUACUGUAUCCAAUGACUAUGUUAUCUGUAGCGCUCCGUUAGUUGCUGUUUUCUCGGACAAAGAAAAAAGAGGCAUAUAUGAGAAAAAACAAAAGGUCUUUGAAGAGGAUUCGGAUUUCGUGCGUUUCAAGAACGUGCGUUCUAUCUAUUCACAAAUGGCCGUAUCAAUAAGCAAGUUGAUGUCUGCUUUGUCUCGAGUUUUGGUCGGUUUUAAACCAUUGGACCAUACACAUAAGAAAGCUUCAUACCAGGUUGGAGCUAGUAUAGCCUCUGUAGUUAAGGAUUUUAUUACCUUACCUACAGACGAUAUUACUUCGAGUCUUUCGGAAGUUAAUUUUCUUAAAUAUUUUCUCGCAAACGCUUUAGACGCGUCCAUCAUUGUCAAAGAGGAUGAUUCAAAGGCCGAUUUGCAGAUUUUUGUUGGUGAGGGUUUGAUUGAAAACGGUGGAAUCAAUACAUUGACAGAUUCCUUACUUAGCUUGUUUGAGCUGCUUCGGAAGAAUCCUGAUGCCUCGUAUGAACUGAAUGGUUUGUUAGUUGGUUGCAUAGCUACGUUGCUUAAGACAUCAAUUGCCCUUGUCGAUUAUAAGUCAGUGUCGAGCUCGAAUCAAGCCGGCGCUUUGUCCGGCCAUCCCAGGGCUAUGAAGAAUGCUGGUGCAUUUGAUUCGGCAGGCUUUGUCGUCCGGGUUAAGUCCAUCGUGUUCCCAAAGGUAUUGUCUGUUUGCCGAGAUUCCUAUCUUCCAUCUUAUCCACGUUCUGUUCUACAGCCUUUUAUUUCGCUUAUUUGCUCCUGUUUCCGUUCGGAGGAUAUAAUUAAGAAACGUUUUUCUGGUCGUCGGCUUCAGGGUGAUGCUUCAAAUUCUGUUGAAACUAGAACCGAGGAAUCAAGUGUAGAUUGGGAGGACAUGGACGUGAAUGCAGAAACUGAGGAUGCUAUGUAUACAUUUGAUGAAAGUGAUGAUGCUUCUGAACGUGCGCAAAUUCAAAGACAAAUUGCUGCAGUAAAUCAGUUGGUGCCCGAGCUGCAAAAAAGCUUUGAUGAUGCGAGAACAGAUCUCCUCAACAUGGUCGUGUCUGUGUGUAAAAAGCACGGCUCGCUUACUCAUGAACUUACGGAAUUGCUCUUUGCAAGCUGUGGACUAAACUCUACUCAACAGGAGCAUAUUACAACAACUGUGUUUAAGGAUAUACAGCAACUUUACUCCGAGCAGUCACCUGCCUCUUUGCUUUCGAUGACUCUCCUCUUACAACUGCUUUCGUUGUUCAUUAAUUAUGAGCGAGUCUCUUCCCAAAUUAAACAGCAACUUGUUCAACACUAUGACUUUUUUAUAAGUUUGUUAAAGCCUACAAAGGAAGCUGACAAAACAUUGGAUGUCAGCAUGCCAUGGCUUGUCCCUCUCUGUUACAUUAUCGAAUCUAUCUUGUGUAAUCAGAGAAAACCCACUGAGUUGGAAUUUCAGUCUCCUGAAAUUCCAAUUCGGUUAAAAGAAAAGCUUGAGGAAAUUGGACUUCCGAAACUUAAGUUGACGACAUCCUAUCUUAUCGAGUUACUUAAUUUGCCUUCCCUCAACUUAAGACUUUCUGUUUGUGUCUUUCGUAUAUUGAGUGUUCUUACUAUGAACGAAAACGGCGCACUGGAGUUUGUCAAUGCAAAUGGGCUUUUCGCGCUCUUCGCUACAAUGAGAAGAUUUGCUGCUCAAUGUAACGAGACAUUGCACACACCAUUCAUUAGCAUUCUUCGUAACUUACUCGAAUGUGAGAAAAUGAUUGAAGAGAUUAUAUACAGCGAUGUUCGCACGUAUUUUAAGCUCCAAAGCCGUGCUAAGAAAACCGAACUUCUUUCGUUCAUUCGUACAAAUUCGGAAAUGGUUUUGCGUUCUCCGACUGCAAUUCUGAAUGUUAUAAAGAAUCACUGUCAUUUGACGAAUUUCAGCCCGUAUGCAUCUCAUUACUUCAUUGGUCUUAACGAAGAUGAUUUGAAAGAUGAACUUCCUCAAAGCACCCUUGAUUCCUCCAAAUCGUCGGAAUGGGUUAUGAAGUUCCUUGUUGAAGAGUUAUUAAGUGUGGGUUCUUCCGAUUACACGAAAUCAGAGGAAAAGUUUGAUUCCCAUACGAGUGGACCUUAUAUUUAUCAUGCAUUCCUGUUGCAGUGCCUUACUGAACUUUUAUCAAGUUAUGCUUCUUGCAAGGAGUUUUUUAUUUCUUAUAAACCAGAAAAAUCGUGGGAUUCAAGUAUCACUAAACGAUAUCCUUCGUAUUUGCUUGCUUACUUCUUGGAAAAACUUCUACCAUUUGGUUGUAUCCAUCUUACUGAGGACGUUGCCGUCCGAAAGGCGUUCGCUGUAUCAAAUUGGGCCAUUUCGUCAUUAGUUUUCUUAUGUUCGUAUACAUCUGAGCAAGAGAAGAGUCGUGUUGACGUUGUCCGGAAAGAAGUAAUUAGUCACAUUGCCAAGUCUCUUAAGACUCCAAUGUCUCAGCAUGAAACUCAAGAAUCUUAUUAUUGCAGAUUGUUAGUGCUGACUGAGCUUUCGUACAGACUUGCUGAUAUUCAUUCAUUUUCACAACGCUCUACGAAUUUCUUAUUGAGACAGUCGCAAGAUCAAAAUCUGAGAUCUAUGGUGGAGUUGGGUUUCAUUCCUAUUCUAACGAAUGUUGUUACGGACAUUGAUCUUAAUUUUCCUGCCUCGCGCAAAGUUGUCAGACAUAUAUUGAAACCUCUGCAACUGUUGACGAAAGAAUCGGUUGUUUUGAGUCAAACAAACCCGGAAUUAUUUGUUGCUAACUCGAAUGCAUCGAAUGCACCAGAUCAUGCUGUCGAAGAAGUUGAGAGUUCGUCUUCCGAAGAUAGUUCUGACAUGGAUCGUGAAGAACCACCUGACUUGUACAGAAAUUCUGUAUUGGGAAUAUUCCAGGGAGACAUUGCUCAAAAUGAGGAAGAUGGCUACGAAGAUUCUGAAGAUGAAGAACUUUAUGAUGACAUGGAGUACGACGAUGAAGCCUCAGGAAGUGCCGGAAGUGCAAUUAGCGAGGAUGAAGCUGAUGACACAAUGUUUGAUGAGGAUGGUGAGGAGAUGAAUAUUGACUUCAUAAAUGAGGAUGAAGACUCGGAAGGAGAAGAAAGUGUGGAGUCGUUUGACUCGGAUGGAGAAGUUGUUGAUGAAUUAAUCUCCAUUGAUUCUGAUGAUCUUGAUGAAGAUGUCUCAAGUCAAGGUUCAGAAUAUGAUGAUAAUGUUUCAGACUUUGUGGAAGAUUUUUCAGAUGAACACCAAGCCGAAGACAUUGAAGUUGGAGAAACGACGUUUGAUGCCCUUGAGGACGUGUUUACUGAAUCUUCGGAAGAUGAGGAUGACACGAGACAUGAUGUUGGACACUUAAGCCCUGUUGAAAUUGAUUUUGUGGAUAAUCCGGAAGACUCGUUUUCAGAUGAUGAUGAGUUCCGAUGGAGUUGGCCUACUGAGGGAAAUCCAAGUAUUAACCUUAGUGCACAAGCCAGCAAUAUCUUGCAAGACCUGAUUCCAUUGCCAGGAAUUUCGUCCAGAAGAGUCAUGAUUAUCAAUCCAUCCGAUUCCGGACACAAAAAGAUGUUCUCUUUGACUUCUGAGUCCGAGGAGCUUUUGCGGCAUCCACUAUUGUUGGAGCUUUCGCGGACCUCGCAAAUGAAGUAUAACAAGUUCAGUUAUGUCUGGACUGUUUUGCAGGAUCAUGUACCUAGUGGUACCCUCUUCCAACGUAUUGCUUAUCUUUUAUCCGAGGAAUUCCGUAAUUCUGAAGUUACUCAGCCAUGGCACGCGCUUUAUUCAAAGAAGCAAGAUGAUCCUUUGCGGGCUAUUUCUGGUUUUCUUCCUCUUUCUACUUUACAACGCUGGAACAGUGUGUCUGUUAUGCUUUAUGGACGAAAGGCUGCCAGUGUUGCCUCUCGUGUCUUUGGUUCAAUAAUGGAUAUACUACUUCCUGCUGCUAUGGAGGCGGAGAAGAAGGAGGAGAUGGCAGAACGUGCGAAGGAAGCUGAGAUAAAACGUCAACCCGAGGUUAGCGUUCCGAGUGUUGAGACGCAAAACCAACAGGAGUCGCGACAACCUGAAACUCCUCCUCGCACUGUCACCAGUGCCCCAGCUGAAGCACAAGUUCCUGCAAGACCACCAGCAAUGGUUACUGUUGGUGGUCGAGAAAUUGACGUUUCGCCAUUGGGCAUUGAUGUCACUUUCUUGGAGGCCCUACCCGAGGAAAUGCGGGAGGAGGUGGUUUAUCAACGGAUUCAAGAGCGGUAUUUGGCUUCUGUUACGGACCCGUCUGAACAACUAGACCCCUCUUUCUUACAAGUUCUUCCCUUGGAGUUACGGGAAGACUUGCUGUUCCAGGAAUCUGUACAAAACAGAUUAUUGGAGAUGUCUGCCAACAACGCCGCAGAUGUUGAUGAACCCGUCGUGGAAGAGACUGACUCCAUGGAUAUUCCGGAAGUUGAAACUGCUAGCACUACUAAGAAGAAGCCGGCUGCUGAAAAGAAGUUACCUGUUCCUUCUUUACUUGAUCGUUUUGGACCUUUCUCUCUUAUUAGGUUACUUUUUGUACCACAAAAUUCAAGCAAAAAUCAGCUUUACGAUGUUGUAAUUAAUGUUUGUGAAAACAAGCAACAUCGUGCUGAGCUGGUUGGUCUGAUUCUGUAUUUGCUGCAAGAAGCAUCGGUGAAUGACCAGUCUGCUGAGAAAUCAUACAAGGAGCUUACUUUGCGCUCCCUUGGAUUAUCCCAUGUGAAGGAGUUGAAAAAGAACCAGAAGCCCGUUGAUGCAUUAUGUACCAUGCCUGUCGUCGCUGGAGUUUCCACUCCCUCUUUACUUCUGCAACAGUGUGUUGACCUUUUGGUUCACUUGGCUAAUUGGGCUGAUCACUUUCCUUCAUUUUUCCUAAGCUUACAAGACUAUACUUCUUUGUUGCCGAAAAAAGCAUCGGCUAAAAGAAACAGAGAAAGUGGAGUUGGUAGAACCGCUCCGAUAAACGUUUUGCUGGGAUUGCUUGGCAGACAAAAGAAUUUUGCCAGUACAAUGCUUAUGAACAGUUAUUCCGAACUUCUUGCUAUUUUGACAAAGCCUUUACUUUCCUUGUACAAGGCACAGAUAGCCGAAAAGCCAGCUGUGGAAGCUUCGGCGACCACAGAAACGGAUAAACCCCAGGCUGAGGGAUCUUCUCAGGAUAAAAAGGAAGCUGAGGUGAAACCUAAGAAAUCGAAGAGAUUUCAACCACCUUUGAUUUCAGAUGAUAAUUUGCGUCUUACCGCAAGUUUGAUUACAACGGAUAGUUGCUCGAGUCGUACCUUCCAAAAUGCAUUAUCAGUUAUGUUUAAUCUCUGUGCGCUUCCUCGUGCAAAAGACGUAAUCGGUAAUGAACUCCUUCAAUACGCGCAAGGCUAUAUCACUAUUUUAGUUGAGGAUCUGCAAAGUCUCACGAAGAAUGUUCUUGCUGGAAAGGAUGAGAACGGACUUCAAAGUAGUCUUUCUCCAUUCUGUCCCGCUAGUUCAGCGCAAGCAAAAUUAUUGCGCUGCUUAAAAGCCCUUGACUACAUUUUUGAAAGACGCCCUAAGAAGCAAGAAAGCAAUCAUGUCAACAUUGCCAAAUUAUUGGAGUUUUAUUCCAAGCUCAAUUCACAAAAACUUUGGUCCAUACUUAGUGAGUGUUUGACCGCUUUACGUGAAAAGGAAACAGUAACACAUGUGUCAACUGUUUUGCUUCCGUUAGUCGAGUCACUCAUGGUUAUUUGUCGGCCCGUGUACAUUGAUUUGCCUGAAGAUAUACGCGAAUCAGUGAAGUCGCUUAUGGAUCCAUUGAAAACGUUGUUCCUGACAUUUACGGAGGAGCACAAGCGAAUUAUUAACAUGAUGGUAUUUACUACACCUUCAUUAAUGAGCGGCUCGUUCUCUUUACUUGUAAAGAACCCUAAGGUUUUGGAAUUUGAGAACAAACGAAACUUCUUCCAACGGCAAUUACAUGAGAGUGCACCCAAGGAACAGUACCCACCGCUCAACAUCACUGUGCGACGUGAUCAGGUUUUCUUAGAUUCCUAUCGUGCGUUGCACUUUAAGAAUGCUGACGAGGUUAAGUAUUCCAAACUCAAUAUUCGGUUCCGUGAUGAAGAAGGUGUUGAUGCGGGAGGCGUGACUCGUGAAUGGCUGCAAGUGCUUGCUCGUCAAAUGUUUAACCCUGAUUAUGCGUUGUUUCUUCCUGUUGUCGGUGAUUCAACCACAUUCCAUCCCAACCGAGACUCUGCUGUUAAUCCUGACCAUCUUUCGUUCUUUAAGUUUACUGGUCGGAUUAUCGGAAAGGCUUUAUAUGAUGGCCGUCUUUUAGAUUGUCAUUUCAGCAGAGCAGUGUACAAGCAGAUUCUGAAAUGUCCAUUGUCUUUGAAGGACAUGGAGUCGCUUGAUCCGGAUUACUACAAGUCAUUGGUCUGGAUGUUAAGCAAUAACAUCAGCGAUAUUAUUACUGAAGAGUUUGCUGUCGAGAAGGACGUUUUUGGAGAACGGACAAUUGUGGAUCUUAUUGAAAAUGGAAGAAAUAUACCAGUCACCGAGGAGAACAAGCAUCAAUAUGUGAACCUGAUGGUGAAUUAUAAGCUAAAGGAGAGUGUCAAGGAUCAACUGCAAAGUCUUUGUGACGGUUUUUAUGAUAUAAUUGCUCCCCAGCUUGUUCAAAUCUUCAAUGAACGUGAACUCGAACUUUUAAUUUCCGGCUUGCCUGAAAUUGACAUCGACGACUGGCGUAACAAUACCGAGUAUCACAAUUACACAAUGUCGUCUCCCCAGAUUCAAUGGUUCUGGCGCGCUGUGCGUUCGUUCGACGAGGAGGAACGUGCGAAGCUUUUACAAUUUACGACAGGAACUUCAAAAGUUCCGCUGAAUGGCUUUAAGGAACUGGAGGGAAUGUCUGGUUUCCAACGCUUCAACAUUCAUAAGAGUUACGGAUCCUUGCAGCGUUUGCCCCAGUCACACACCUGCUUUAACCAACUUGAUCUGCCUGAAUAUGAGAGCUAUGAACAGUUGCGCUCCAUGUUAUUGACAGCAAUCAAUGAAGGCUCGGAGGGUUUCGGUUUUGCCUAAAAAGUGUUAUGUUUUGUGCUAUGUGAUUUUUAUCUUUUGCGACAACUAGUGAUCGCGAUUGCUUGUUUCUUUCCUUGACUAUUUAAUGAUAAGUUUAGACUAUGUAUUUCCGUAACAAAAAUAUGCUAUAGAAGUAACCGGUUCUUUUGGUACUAGUGAAAGCUGUUUCUCGAGGUGAGCCAUAAAGUCCCCAUCCCCCCAAAUGUUCACCGGACAAUGUUAAACCUAAACCUUGGAAUAAUUUUUAUUCAAUGAACCCUAAUAUACCAAUACAAUGUUUUUACAAAAGAUCGUAAUCGUCAAGCUAGA